AUGAGUUAUGUGAUGAUAUGCAACAGCAAGGACCUCGGUGACCCUCCUCCUUAUAAGGCUAAUGAUAUAUCAUGUUACCAUGAGGUUAGUGACUCAUUACCGGUAAUGAACGAAACGGCAUUGAAAGGAACGUCAAAGAAUAUAUUCCUGAUAGAGACGUCUUGCAAGGGAUAUUUGGAUUUGAGACAGGCAUGUGCCGUGGAGUCAGCGGCAAGAGCUCAUCCAGAUUGGCAGGUCAACUUACUCUUCGUGGGCCCCGUGACGCGUGAGAGACUCACCACAGGUAUUCUGUCCAGUCUACAGUCGUACAAGAACGUGGUUAUAGCUCGAGUGUAUUUCUCCGAAAUCGUCAAAGAUACUCCUCUAGAGAGACUGCUUUCAGAGAAACUGCUGGACAAAAGUGAACAUCGUUUUGCGCAUACCUCGGAUAUUAUAAGAUUGCUGCUACUGUGGAAGUUUGUGGGAGUUUACAUGGAUUUGGACAUUGUGGUGAUAAAGCCGUUUGAUGACUUGGGUCUUGACUUCGCCGGGUUAGAGGAAUCUACAGUUCGAACCGGUGUGAUGGGCUUGUCUAACAGUUUCGUCGGCAGGAAAAUAGCUUCCACUGCUGUUUUGUGA